AUGUUCCAACUGAUCUAUUUCUGUUCACUCGUAUUCAGUGCAAUCAAAUCAGAAAGAUCGACACCUGCUGGAUCUGAGCAAAACUACGAGGCAAUCAGGUCUCCUAAAACCACCCAUUUUCACGAAAAGUGCUCCUGUUCAAGGCGACUUUUUUACAACUACUUUCUUUGCUGCUUUGGUAUUCAGUGCAGUGGCUGCCUAACAAGAUCAUUUUUAUCAAGACAAAGGCAUCAAUCAAAUCCUGACUUAUCCGGUGGCCAAGUUACGCCUGAAAUCAGCCUAGGACCCCUUGAACUCCACAGUGAUGACAGCAACUGA